GACUGACCGUGAACCUAUAACCCAUGUUUCACGUGUUAUGCAGCAACAGCAAGCACAGGACAUCAUGGAGCUGAGGUUAAUUUUAUACCUGUUGCUUACCACAGCACUCAUAGCUGUUGUUAACUCUCAGAUUCCUUUACCAAAACGCCCACUGGGAUUUAUUUACAAAGGAGGCGAGCCAAGCGCUCCAAUUCAUCUGACAGCAUUUGUAGAUUUGACUUGUCCGGAUAGCCAGCGAGCAUGGCCGACGGUCAAAAAGGUUGCAGAUAUGUAUGGACCCGAAACCAUCCGGUUCACUGUGCAGUUGUUCCCGUUACCUUAUCACACUAAUGCAUUUAUGGCCGCUCAGAGUGUGUAUACUGUGGAAGCCUAUAAUUCAACCCUUGUGAUAAAUUGGAUGGAUGUCGUAUUUGAGAACCAGAACCUACUGUAUAAUUUCCAGACAAUGGAGAAGAACAGAUAUGAUGUGAUAAACAUUAUAGCUGACUUGGGAAGUAAACUUGACAUUGAGAAAUCUGUCAUCAAAGACGGCCUGGCCAGCAGUGAAUAUGAUGAACACACAAGGAUAUCUUGGAAGUAUGGUUGUUCAAGGACUGUGUCUGGCACUCCAUUCUUCUUCGUGAACGGUGUAUUUGUCAACCAAGCAUCUUCAACUUGGACUGUAGAGGACUGGAAAAACCUCAUUGAUCCCCUUCUUAAAUGAGAAUCAAGUUGCAGAUGUGUAGAUGAUGACACGUGGGAGCUCAGGAGAGCUGAUCAUUAAUGUUCUUUCCACUGCUGCCUGACGUCGAUGUGCACUGAUCUACAACGGACCAGAAAUCACAAAAUGAUUGCAAAAACACAAAAUUAUAGUCUCAAAGUAUGCUUAAAACUGUAAGCUUAAAUUAUUAUUUCUUUAUUUUUGACAAAGUUUUGUAAAUUGUGAAGAAUAGUUAGGCACAUUUGUGGAAUAAAUAAAUUCCCAAUGGGAUUAUAUAUUGUAAGAAAUUUAAGUUAGUCUGAUUAAACGUUUUGAUUUAUACACUACAGGUGUACCUGCAAA